AUGAUGUCCUGCACUCGUCGCCUCACCGCUCUGGCGUCGGUUCGCCCUCGGUUUGCCGUUCGCACUUACUCUUCCACCGUCGCUCGCCUUUCCGAGAACCGCAUCCCGGUCAAUGAUGCCACCCCGCCAGCUCCAGCUCCCACCACCAAGACUGAGCUGGCAGCGAAGGAUACUGAGCCCAGCGGUGUCCCAAUUGAGUCACUGGCGAACAUGGAGAACCAGUACCAGGAGGAUCCCAUCGUGGCAGAAGCUAUCCGUAGCCUACAGGCCCCGAACCGCGCCACCACCUGGGCGGCCAGCCAGCAGCCUCGCGCGCAAGCCAUGACUGGACCUCGAUUCGAGCAAACUAUCAUGGAGACUCAGCCCCGGCCUAUGGCCGCCAUUGAGCUCAUCCAUAAGCAACCAGUCCGCUGGUCCAAGAGCAGAAUCGUCAGCUGUGACGGUGGUGGUGGUCCCCUUGGCCACCCCAAGAUCUUCAUCAACGUCGAUAAGCCUGAGAUUGCGACCUGUGGAUACUGUGGCCUGCCCUUUGCCCACGAGCAGCACCGUGCAUAUCUCGAGUCUCUCCCCGCCACCAGCUACCCUCUCAAGCCCACUGACGAUCCCGCUGAGGUGAAUGAGACCCAACGCGUGACAGAUGGCGGCCUGGAGCAGCGGUAA